UCCGGAAAAGUAUUCAUAAGCUUGCCAAAUAACAAGCAUCAGUUCCCGAUUCCACCAAGCCGAAAGUGCAGAGAAAGAGAGAAAUGGCCAUCACAGCUCCCAAGUGAAAAGCCAAGACCAGCAACGAAAAUUGGGGCAUGGGAUUACUCUUUGUCUUCUUCCCUGAAGAGAACUCCGCUGCCGCCGCCUCCUCCGCCAUCACCCCUUCCAACCCCAUUGUCGGUAAAGUUACUCCCCAUUCAACCCCCAACAGUAUCGGCAGAACAACCAUCAAAAGAAUCAACCCCAAUAGCCCCAUCCUCACCAGAACCCAAUCCACCAUUUCUAUUUGCGUUCUUCUACUCUUUCUCACGCUCCUCCUGUUCACUCUCUCCACCUUCGAACCCACCAUCCCCAACCCCACCACCGCCAUUAAAGCUCCACGCAGGUUUCUCUCAGACAACCCUCGUAACAGUUUUAUCAAAACCCACCAGAAAAAAUCCAAUCUUUCUUGGUUUUACAGCAUUUGGCCGAGCAGAUACCAAUCCAGAAAUGGUAAAAGAACUGAGUUCCUAUCUUCUUUUGCUUUACAGGGAAUGGGGAAGCUCUAUAGCCGUGGAACCAGAGCCAUGCGUGAUCUUGUUGUAGCUCAUGCAGUGGAGGACACCAAUGAAGAUGAGUUCAGGCUUUUCUUAAGACUCUUGCUCAGGUCAGGUCUCACAGCCAGAGCUGACUUGGUUUUCUUAUUUGGUUCUUCCUCUUCUGAAUCAAGAUUUGAAGAUUUGAUUCGAGAAGAGAACAACUCGUUCUUGAGACUCAUUCAUCUCUACAGAAAAUCGAACAAUAAGAGUCAUGACUCAGUGUCGGUGCCGGCUUUGAGAUUUAAUGUUACGCAGUUUGUGAAGCGUGAGAGCAAGGAAAUAUGUGAACCUCUGUGGGGGAAGAAAAUUCGGGUUGAUAAUCACAGUGACUCGAAAGAAAAUGAAGGUGAGUCGACUCACUUGAGUUAUGGGUCGGUGGUGGGUUUUGAAGCGAGUGAGCUUGAUCCGGAGAACUCGCUUUCCGGGUUCCUAGACCAUAUACCAAUGAGUUUGAGAAGAUGGGCCUGUUAUCCAAUGCUGCUUGGUCGAGUUAGGAGAAAUUUUAAGCAUAUAAUGUUAGUGGACGUGAAAAGGCUACUGUUACUCAGUGACCCACUCGGCCGAUUCAGGAAUCGGAGUUCAGAGUCGGUGUACAUAACAACAAAACAAGAAACCAUUAGCUCAACCAAGCAUGCCAAAAGGAAAGACAAAAACAACAACUCAAACAAAAGCGCGUCCCAUUCUCAAGUUAACCCAGCAAUUUUGAUGGGCGGAACUAGAGGAAUUCGCCGGUUUUCAAAUGCAAUGCUAACCGAAAUCGUCCGAGUUGCGAUGAAACACAAGGGGAAAUCAACAACGGAGUCAGCAAUUUUGAGUCAACUAGUGGACAAUGGGCACAUAUUGAAGAGCAUAGAUUUGAUAAAAUUGAGUGAGUCAAUCCCAGCGGCGAGUGAACUCAGUGAGUCAAACUCAUCAGAGGAGAGGGAUAAUUAUAGAAUAAUCCAACAAGGUAAUGAUAAUAAUAAUGCUCUAAAUUCAAUUAUUAUGGAGAAUAUAUGUUCAUGUGAAGUAGAUUCUGGUGUUUAUAGAGAUUGCUAGCUACCAAAUCAGGAAAAGGAAUUAGAGGUCUUUGUUGUGUAGGUAUUUUUUAUUUAAUUGUGUUUAUAAAAAAAUAAUUGAUCAGUUUGUUUAUUUUA